AAGUAUUACUAUGGCGAGGAAUUUGCCUCCGCACGGUGAAAUUCUCCGUUUGAGUGAAGUUCGUGAACGGGGACCUCUCAUCAUGGCAGGGAAAUCCGUCAGAGUUAUGGGAAAGCUUACUCAGUAUGAUGCUGUCAAACAGUUAGCUGUCAUACAAGCCUCGGAACACAAUGCAACCCAUCGCCUUCAUGUCAACACUCGUCUUAUUGAGCCAUUCCCAUCAAGAAUAGGUUCCAUGUUCCAGUUUAUUGGUGAGAUGCCCUCAGAGAUAAAGAGUGAAUCAGACAUGGUUCUUCUUGCAAGGGUCGUCCGAUGUGUAGAUGGCAUUGAUGUGACUAUGUACUACAAUGCUUGUGAUGUCCAGAGGAACUACUUGGCUUCAAGAGUAUCGGCUGCAUCAACAUCUUCAUCUUCUUGACAUUGAUUUUAGAUGUUAGCUGUGACUUUCAAGCGCUCAUCAUGAGUUCUGUGCUGACGAUGCAAAAUGACAUGAAUGUUCUUACCAGGCUGGUCAGGGUGACAACAUGCACUUGAGAUGUUCAGAAGAACUUUUUCAGCAUCAUCAGUAUCAGUAGAAUGCAUCAUCAUCUUCUGGAAAAUUGAUUCAAGUUGUUAGUCUGUAUCCAGUUAGAGCCUGACACUGUCAAGUGUUCAUCAUGAGUUUCAUGGUGAUUAGACAUACAUUAUGUAAAAAUUGUUGUUCUUGCCAGACUCAUCAGGGUGACAACACUUGUGAUGUAUAGUCAUAGAACAUUCUUGGCAACAUGAGACUCAGAAGGCAUCAUCAGCUUCUUGAAAACAAUUGAAAACAUUUGCGUACAGGUAUACAAUCAGUCUGUGAUGGUCAAGAUAUAUAUCAAUUAUCUUAGCCCCUCUAACAGACAGCCAUUCUUGCCAUGGUCAUCAUUGUGAUGUCACUUAUACUCCAGAACAAGGGAAAAUCACAUUAGGGCCAGGGGGUGAUUUUGUUCUAAGAUAAUUCAAGAGACCUGAAAACUCAUAAAGGAGCCCUUGAAAAUCCUUUAGCUUAUCCAUUGUUUUAGAUUGAGGCAGUAUGUCAUGAAAAGUAGCCUCAGAUGAGACUAAUAAUAAUAAUGAUAAUAAUUAUUAGACUUAUAUCGCACCAAAUCCACUCUGUAGGGUGCUCAAGGCGCUUU